UCACGCGACACUUCCGCCUGUGAAACGGCGUGUGCUGCAGUGGACAUCUGUAUAGAAACAGUCCUAAUGCAGGGAUGGCGGAGUUUCAGGAGAAGCUGAGAUUGCAGCAUGAGAACUCCAUGCUCACAGAGCUGGAGAAGCUCCUGAUCACUGCCAAGCCAUCAGAGGCAGAGAUCUCCAGGAAAGACUUUGAGGGCUUCAAGAAGCUCUUUCACCGUUUCCUUCAGGAGAAGGGGCCGUCUGUUGACUGGGCCAAGAUCCAGAGACCACCCGAAGACUCGAUUCAGCCCUAUGAGAAGAUCGAGUUGAAGGGUCUUCCUGCCGAUGUGGCGUCCAGCCUUAAUAAACUGGCUGUGGUGAAGCUCAAUGGAGGUUUGGGGACCAGCAUGGGCUGCAAAGGACCCAAAAGUCUCAUCAGCGUCCGCAACGAAAACACUUUCCUGGACCUGACCGUACAGCAGAUCGAGCAUUUGAAUAAGUCGUAUAAUGCAGACGUGCCACUGGUGCUGAUGAAUUCCUUCAACACAGAUGAAGACACCAAGAAGAUCCUGCAGAAGUACACACAUCACCGCGUCAAGAUACACACCUUCAACCAGAGCAGGUAUCCCAGGAUCAGUAAGGAGUCUUUGUUACCCGUGGCCACUAACAUGGGCCUGACGGCUGAGAAUGAAGAGGCCUGGUACCCACCCGGGCACGGAGACAUCUACGCCAGCUUCUACAACUCCGGCCUGCUGGACAAGCUGAUCGCAGAAGGGAAAGAGUACAUCUUUGUGUCCAACAUUGAUAACCUGGGCGCCACGGUGGACCUGCACAUCUUGAACCACCUGAUGAGCCAGCCCAGUGACAAACGCUGCGAAUUUGUCAUGGAGGUCACCGAUAAGACACGAGCUGACGUGAAGGGUGGCACGCUGACACAGUACGAUGGUAAACUGAGGCUGCUGGAGAUCGCGCAGGUGCCCAAAGCUCACGUAGAUGAGUUUAAAUCAGUCACCAAGUUCAAGAUCUUCAACACCAACAACUUGUGGAUCAGCCUGCCGGCCAUUAAAAGGCUUCACGAGAAGAACGCCAUGGACAUGGAGAUCAUUGUCAACCCUAAGACUCUCGACGGCGGUCUGAACGUCAUCCAGCUGGAGACGGCUGUGGGUGCUGCUAUGAAGAGCUUCGACAACGCGCUCGGCAUCAACGUGCCCCGCAGCCGCUUCCUGCCCGUCAAAACCACCUCGGACCUCCUGCUGGUCAUGUCCAACCUGUACAGCAUGAACGCGGGCUCUCUGACCAUGAGCCCCAAGAGAGAGUUUCCCACAACACCUCACGUCAAACUGGGCAGCUCCUUCACUAAAGUUCGAGACUUCCUGAAAAGGUUUGAGAGCAUCCCAGACAUGCUGGAGCUGGAUCACCUGACUGUAUCAGGAGAUGUCACCUUCGGAAAACAAGUCACACUCAAGGGAACGGUUAUCAUUAUCGCUAAUCAUGGAGACAGAAUCGACAUCCCAGCCGGAGCAAUGCUGGAGAACAAGAUCGUUUCAGGAAACCUGCGCAUCCUGGACCACUGAGGCCUUCACAACUGAACUACAACCACAUCCAUCAUUUUACCUGGACAUUUACAUGUGUGUGUGUG